AUGCGUGUUAUGUCGCCGAAUGCAUCAUUCAACCGACAAGAAGCAUCAUUCAUAUACUUUCAACUGCUGAUCAAUAUUCUGCUUCGUAUCGAAGACACAAACGGCAAUGCCAGAAAAGAAAUAAUAGAUGAAUGUCGACAACAAUACGCUGGUAAUGACAAGGAACUGAAAAAUAUCGAUGAUUUUGAGAUGACUUAUUCCGUUAACAAAGCUGUUUGGUGGUACAAUCAUGAGUGUUUCAUUAAUCGCGUGUUGAAUAAAGCCCUAAGAACAGCCGAUAUUGAUGUUCUGUUCAAACUUCAAUUUUUUAUCAAAGAUCUUCAUCGACAACUCUCCCACUUACACUCAACAAACAAAGUUCAGACAAUUGUCGCAUAUCGUGGACAGGGGAUGGUGACAGAAGAGUUUGAAAAACUUCGGGCCAAUGUUGGUGGCUUUUUAUCAAUGAGCAGUCUUCUAUCAACAUCGAUAAAACGUGACGUUGCUCUUUCAUUUGCUCGACGAUCGUUGAAUCGUUUAAAUGUUCAGUCAGUUCUAUUUAAAAUAACAGUUGACACGAAAAAGUGCUCACGAUCAUUUCCUAAUGUUGAGAAAGCGAGUUGGGCCCAAACCGACCAUGAAAUACUCUUCUCGACAAGCACAGUAUUUCGAAUCGCUUCAGUGAAGAAACUUGAUAAUUGUGAUAUAUGGAAUGUGAAACUGACUUUGGAUGGCGAAGAAGAUGAACAGCUGAGACAGCUUACAGAACAUAUGUGGUUGGAAAUAAAAGGAUCAAAGGAUUUCUUCACAUUAGGCAACUUACUGUUAAAAAUGGCUGAAUAUGAUCAGGCGGAACAAUUGUAUAUGAUGAUACUUGACAACAUAACUGAAAAUGAUCCUGAUGUUGGCCAUAUUUAUAAGCAACUUGGGUAUAUUUAUAAACAGAGAAACAGCAGUCAGCAAGCAUUGAUUGAUUACAACAAGUGUCUGGAUGUAGAAUUAAAGUAUCUGUCAUUAGAACCACCGCUACUAGCAAUACCAGAAAGUAACACUGGCAUGGUUUACUCAGAUCAGGCUGCGCAGGAACAAACACUGGUUGACAUGGAAAAAGCUUUGGAAAUAGAAAAUAAAACUAUAUGUACGGAUGAGUCAUAUCUUGCCAAAACGUAUAACAAUAUUGCAAUGGUAUAUUAUAAUAAAAAGGAGUAUCAUAAGGCUCUUGACUACUAUCACAAAACAUUAAGCAUAGACAAAGCAACUCUGCCCACGAAUCCUCCACUAUUAGGUGCAACAUAUAACAACAUUGCUGGUGUGCACUACAGCAAAGGUGAUUAUGUACAAGCACUGAAAUAUCUGGAAAUAACCUUACAGAUAGAACUCAGUUCUUUAUCAACAACACAUCCUUCAGUUGCAGUGACAUACUGGAACAUUGGAUUGGUUCACGGUGAUCAACAGAACUGGACAGAAGCGCUAAGAAACUUUACUGCAGCCUAUCAGAUUGCCAAGAAAUCAAAUCACCCCGAUAUGCAGAAAUAUCAACAGCAUGUUGAGAUAGCCAAUGCUAAACUUCAACAGUUCAACAGCCGUUGA